AUGAUUUUUAAUGAGUUUUCGUCAGAAACAGAAAAGGAUAUAUUGUCGGAGUCGGAGUCGUUAGAUGAAGAAAAACUGUCUGCUGGUCCUGGAUUUGUGUGUAUGUCCCCUGACAAAAGUAAGAUUAAGAUCAAGGACAGAUAUACCGACCGCGAGAUCGAUUCUAAAUACACCAAUGAACGUGACCGCGAGAUCGCUUCUAAAUACAACAAUGAACGUGACCGCGCGAUCGAUUCUAAAUACAACAAUGAACGUGACCGGGAGAUCGAUUCUAAAUACAAUGAACGUGACCGCGAGAUCGAUUCUAAAUGCAAUGAACGUGACCGCGAGAUCGAUUCUAAAUGCAAUGAACGUGACCGCGAGAUCGAUUCUAAAUACAAAAAUGAACGUGACCGCGAGAUCGAUUCUAAAUGCAAUGAACGUGACCGCGAGAUCGAUUCUAAAUGCAAUGAACGUGACCGCGAGAUCGAUUCUAAAUUCAAUAAUGAACGUGACAGCGAGAUCGAUUCUAAAUACAAUAAUGAACGUGACAGCGAGAUCGAUUCUAAAUACAACAAUGAACGGGACAGCGAGAGCGGUUCUAAAUACAAUAAUGAACGUGACCGCGAUUUCCACCUUUUUAUUACAUAA